AAAUGGAUAGGAAACAAGGGGCAAAAGGGUGAGAUUGGCGCACAAACGCGGGGUUGAAGGCGUGGCAAAUGCGGCAAGAGUCCCUCCAUCGUAUUUGAAUUUGAAAAAACAAAACCAUAAACUCAUCUCAGCAACGCAAUCCCACGUUGUUUCUUGUUUCUUUUCUUUGCCCCUCAAAUUCAAUAUAUAAAAAUUCCUCAGACAACAGCCUUUCUUAAUCCUAAAAAGCGCGCUCUUCCUUUCCUCUCUCUCUUCUGCAAAUUCAAAUCCAAAACCACAAAACCCAGAUUCCGCUUUGAACUUAAUAUUAAAAAAAACCAAGCCAAAACGCAGCAGAUCCACCCUAUGUGAGACGCCAAAUUCCCUUCAGUUUUACACAUUCUCAAAUUCCCAUUUCAGCAAAAUCUCUAUUUCUUCCAAACUUUGGAGCUUUUCUUGAUUCUUUCUCAAAUCCCAUGAACUUGGUUCUUGCAAAGUUUUGAAAUUUGGGUUUUGUUUAGAAGAAAUGGAAGAUCAAGCUGACUCGGCCAUGGUUUCUAAUGGCUUAGUAUUCAUGCCUGGAUCUGAUUCCAAGUUGGUGGGAGUGGAGAGUAGCAUUGAUGAUUUGGAGGAAGGACAUGCAAUUUCAUCUAUGCAAAUCAAAAUGAGAGAUCUUGAUUCCGUCGUCCGCUCUUAUGAGAUCAAUGCCCAUAAUUCCAAGUCUUUAAAAAGAAAAGAUUCUAGUCCGCCAUUGCAGUUUAGUGAAGAGGGGGUAUCUCAAGUUUCAGAGGUACCAUUAACAUUCAAUUUUGAUGGUUCUCAAGUUGAACGAGCUAAAGGGGAAAAGUUCUCAGCAGUGGUCCAUCCUGUCUCUAGGCCUCUUGAUCUUAACACUGAAAUUCACAUUGCUGUCAAUGAAUCCUGUGAUAACAAUCCGAAAGGUAAAGAAAACUUGGACAAAUUGUGUUCACAAGAGAGUGAUUGUGUAACCUCAAAAGGCGUUGGCUUGGAUCUGAAUGGGAAAGAUGUUUCUAGCUCAAUAAACCAUGAAUCAACUUGUCACAAACAUGUCAAAAAUUUGAAGCCAACGGAUGUUUCUGAGUGUGGAAGUUCUGUUGGUCCAGUGGAGGAGAAUGACUCAUUAAGAAUUUGGAAAGAGAUGAAGCAAAAUGGUUUUCUUUCAUCUUCUCAUGGGAGUAUAUCUAUGCAAAAUGGUUUGCUUUCAUCUUCUCAUGGAGGUAUAUUUAUGCAAAAUGGUUUACCGUCAUCUUCUCAUGGUGGAAUAACAGUGCCCAAGCAACGUGGGAGGAAAAGUAAGAAUGAUGAGCUCAAGAAGAGGAUGGAACUUGCAAAGAAAGAGCAGGCUGACAGGUUCACAAAAAUUGCUGCUCCAAGUGGACUGCUCAAUGGUUUAAACCCUGGCAUUAUAAAUCAUGUUAGAAAUAGAAAACAGGUCCAUUCCAUAAUAGAGGCCUUAGUGAAGCGUGAAAAACUUGAAAAUUUGCAUUCAGAAACCAAACAGGCAAGUCAUGUCAAAGGUGGAAAUAAAGAUGAUGGUGGUAAGAAGGAUCAUGGAAAUAUGAAUGAUUCAGGAUUCCAUCGACUCAGUUAUUACCAUGAAGAUGGGCAUCCAAAUACUACAUCCAUGACCAAGAUAGCAAGAGGUUAUUUAGUGCCAAUGCAUAAGCCUUUGUCCUCAAUUUCGGAGGAAAGAUAUGGAGAUGGUGUUUCAAGCAGGGUAGACCCAGUCAGCGAGGAUGAUGCACUGGCAUUGAAGUUGUCAUCAUCAACUAAGGCAUCUGAGAAUGGUCGCUCUUUGUCUAAUGACGAAUCAACAAACUUUACCAGUGCUUCUUCUCUUUCUGUAAAAGCUGCCACUGUUGCAUCUAAAUGGUUGGAACUUCUUCAGCAAGAUAUUAAAGGACGUCUUUCAGCAUUGCAACGUAGCAAGAAGAAAGUGCUAGCCGUAAUUACAACAGAGCUGCCCUUUCUAAUAUCAAAAGAAUUCUCCUCUAGCCAAGGGAUCGAUCCUAAUAUCAUAAGAAAUUCAGCUGAUGGAUUUUCCCUCGAUGCUACUGCUGAGAUGCAUAGAGCAAGAUGGAGUGCACUGUUUGAUCAGAUGGAUAAAUCUCUUUCUGAAGAAGAGAAACAACUAGAAAACUGGUUGAACCAAAUAAAAUGGUUGCAACUGCAUUGUGAUCAGGGCUUGCAACAUAUGCAUUGGAACAUGCUUUACAGUUCACCACAACUAGAAGCAUCAGGAAAUAAUGUCAGGUCAGGGAUGGAGGAUAGCUUUGACAGGGAAUUGGCUGUGAGGGCAGCUGCUGCUUCCAUUUAUUCAACAUGCAAUUUCAUGUUGUCAAAGGAGAAUGUACCCUGUUCCUUAAUCUGAUUAAAUGUGGCUUCUAAUUUAAAUUGAAUUUUGAUAAUGGUGUCCUAUCCUAGAAACAUCAAUGUGCAUUAUGCAAACUAUUUAUUAGCUUUUUGUUAGGUUGACAAGGCCUUGCUGGGUGGUGAAUUUUCUAACACCAGAAGAUUUUUUUUUUUUUUUUCAUUUUACCAUUUUCAUUUUCUUUUUAUGAGCAUAGGGGCAUAUUUGAUGUUAGACAAAUGCAAUUGUUGCACUGUGAGGUUCUUCAACAUAUUCUUUUGCUGAAUCUGAAACAAAAAUGAAAAAUUAUUCAGACCUUUUGUGCUAUUUCCUUCAUUUCAUUAUUAAUAAAAGUGUUAGCAUUGAAUCAACUAAAA